AUGCAUACCCCUCCUGUGCUGGAAUUCCAAGCCACCAUGAGCAACGUCACUGUCCUCGAUAACGCCAAACCCCUUGACUUGGACAUGGACACGGCUGCCCCUUACCCUGUCAGCUUCCAGGUGUCUCUUACUGGUUUUCUGAUGCUAGAGAUUGUCCUGGGCCUCAGCAGCAACCUGACUGUGUUGGCCCUCUACUGCAUGAAAUCCAACCUGGUCAGCUCUGUUAGCAACAUUGUUACCAUGAACCUCCAUGUGUUGGAUGUACUGGUGUGCCUUGCCUGCAUCCCACUCACCAUUGUCGUGGUACUGUUGCCCUUAGAGGGGGACGCUGUGCUUGUCUGUUGCUUCCACGAAGCCUGUGUGUCUUUUGCUAGUGUUGCUACUGCUGCGAACGUGCUGGCCAUUACUCUUGACCGUUAUGAUAUUUCAGUGAGACCAGCUAAUCGAGUGCUAACCAUGGGCCGUGCCAUAGCCCUGUUGGGUUCCAUUUGGGCUCUGUCUUUCUUCAGUUUCUUGGUGCCCUUCAUGGAAGUGGGUUUCUUCAGUGAGGGAAGCUAUGAGAGGAACCAAACCAUGGAGGUGGACCACACCAACCAGUACUACACUGAGCUGGGUCUGUACUACCAUUUGCUGGCACAAAUCCCCAUUUUCUUCUUUACUGCUGUGGUCAUGCUAGUAACUUACUACAAGAUCUUGCAAGCCCUCAACAUUCGCAUUGGGACACGCUUCCAUGCUGCACCCAAGAAGAAGCCACGCAAGAAGAAGACCAUAUCCAUGACAACAACCCAGCCUGAGUCUACCGACGCCUCACAGAGCAGUGCAGGCCGGAAUCCACCGCUGGCCAUGCGCACCUCUGUCUCUGUAAUUAUUGCACUGCGACGAGCUGUGAAGCGGCAUCGGGAACGGCGUGAGCGUCAGAAGAGGGUCUUCAGGAUGUCUCUGCUUAUCAUCUCCACAUUCCUGCUCUGCUGGACUCCCAUUACCGUGCUAAAUACAGUCAUCCUGAGUGCCGGCCCCAGUGACUUCACUGUGCGACUCCGUCUGGGCUUCCUGGUCAUGGCCUAUGGGACCACCAUCUUCCAUCCUCUGCUCUACGCCUUCACCCGGCAGAAAUUCCAGAAGGUACUCAAGAGCAAGAUGAAGAAGAGAGUUGUGUCAGUUGUGGAGGCUGACCCCAUGCCCAACAAUGUGGUCAUCCACAACUCAUGGAUCGAUCCAAAAAGGAACAAAAAGGUGACUUUUGAGGAGACUGAAGUUCGACAGAAAUGUCUGUCAUCUGAAGAAGUGGAAUGA